AUGGACCGCGACGCGAACCCUGAACCGCCCGACCGCGACGAACACGACGAACGCGAAGAUUCACCGCCACAAUUGUCGAGACCGAGACGCACCACCAGACCGCCGAAUAAUUAUGCUCGGGAGCAAGAGAUCGACAACGAGCAGACAAAGGCACGCUCCCAACAGAGGCAAAGAAUCCAGAACAAGCCAGGGACCCAAUGUGACGCAGCAAUUUCCGACGAGUCGGCGACAGAGAGCGACGACCCAAGUGCCGCCAAAAAACUCAGGCAAGAGAUCAGACGACCGGAUGAUUUAGUUACAAAGAAAAGAGCUCCGGAAUACCUGAAAAGAAUUCCAGAAAGUCAAGGAAGAAUUUGGUGCCACCCUCGCAGAAUUCGACAUGAGCUGCAGACCCUGACACAUGGAAUUGAAUCAGCUUGA